AUGGUUGACGGAAAUUUCAUCAUUCCUUUGUCUCCACCUUGCUCGCCGCGCAUGUCUGCGUAUAGCACGACUACUGCAGACAACGAGUGGUCAUCGUCCGACGUCAGGACGCUGGAACAUACCCCACCGCAUUCCGACAGCGACAUGGCUAUGCUCCAAGCCGAAGUGGACGGUAACAACUUCGAUUUGAAGCGACCCAUGAUCCGAUCACACAAGAGCUUUCCCUACCUACUCGACAAUAAGAACCACAUGAACAGUGGUGCGAAUUCGCCAUCAGAGAAUGAACAGCACGAUGUUUCAAAUGUUACCUUUGGAGGCUCAUCCCCAACAAGUCCGGCUUCUAGGCUCACUCCUCCCUCCACCCAUGACGGUGUGGAGAAGAUGGAUGAUCACGACGACGAUCUAAUAGUAGACGAAAAGGAGGAUGGAGGCGAAAGCGAUGGGAAGGACGAAGACCGACCACCCCUCUCUGCCGCCGAGAUCCGGGCCGCCAAACGCAAGAUGAAAAGAUUCAGGCUUACGCAUAACCAAACACGAUUCCUGGUGAGCGAGUUUGCUCGUCAGGCGCACCCUGAUGCUGCUCACCGAGAAAGACUUGCACGCGAGAUUCCAGGACUCAGUCCAAGACAGGUGCAAGUGUGGUUCCAGAACAGACGUGCUAAGCUAAAGCGUCUCACUAGCGAUGAUCGUGAGCGUAUGAUGAGAUCUCGCGCUUUGCCAGAUGAUUUCGACAUGGCUUCGGCACUUCACUCACCAUUUGGAAAUUCAUCGCAUGGCAUCGGAUCUCCCCUCGGAUCUCCAGGCUCUUACGACCCAGGCUUUGCCGGAAGCAACAUGAUGCGGCCCCUGAGCAUUGACUCACUCAGACGGGGACCUCUUGAUUCCCACAUUUCCCAAACAGGCAUUAGUCCAGCCUUUGGUGGAUUCUCCUUCACACCGCCGCAAUCAACUACAGAUGCACUGUCGCCUGUAUCAGCUCAUGCUGAGUCGCCAUUUGGCUUCCACUCGGCGCCACUUGAUACUAGUCCGCGAACUUCAAAUCCUUUCUCGAUGCCCAGCAACGGUACACCGGCUUACGCUACACAACACAGCAUGCCGCGCCUGACACUCCAUGGUGAUCGUAUUGUGAGAAGCCGUGCCGAGUCAUUGCAAUCUCCUCUACGCACAAGCAUGAGCUACACUGGCGGUAGCGACCACCUGACCAGCUCCCAUGAUCAGGACGGACAAAGGUCGUACUCGGCCUCGAUGAUGCCAUAUGGCAUUGGAUACUCUUACUCUCCUGUACCAGGCUUCCAAGCUUCCAGCUCGGGUAGGAUGCGCUCAUUUUCCAAUGGCGUCCCUCGGCGUAUUGAGUUGAGCACACAUUACACGCCAAACCGUAACACAUCGACACCACAGACUGCUCAUUUCCCAUCAUAUUCCAGCUCACCGCUUGUGCCACCACAUAGUUAUGCGAUGCCUCAAAUGAGCGCCCCGCAUCACAUCACGAGCUUCUCAAACUCCUAUCUACGCAACGACUCGGCACACAACAGCCAAUACGACAACGUCGGCUCUGUCUUGGGAGAAGUACUAGAGAACGCCAGCCAGCACAGCGAUGGUCGUGACGACCGAUACUGA